AUGUUAAACUCCUACUUCUACGCCAACAACAUCAGCAAGCACACAAACAACAAGACAAAACGCAGCUACUACAAACAUUUCCGCAACCACAACGACAACGACGACAUCAACAAUAAUGAUAACAGCAACAACAAUAAAAAGCAUAAACGAAAAAAGAUUCACAUAAAUCCAUGUGAAAAAGCUAUUUGUCUAAAUGGCGGUAGUUGUGUCUGGACUGUUGGUGAAGAUUAUGUCUACCAAUGCUAUUGUGCGUCUGGCUACUAUGGUGCCAAUUGCGAAUACUCUGCUGCGGAGUGCAUGACCCACCCUUGCCAACACGAAGGCAGGUGCGUGCGUUCCAAGUCCGUCUUCGGCUUCAAAUGCAUCUGUACUGAUGGGUACUAUGGCAGCAGGUGCCAAAAAAAGCGCAGAAAAUCCGUGUAUAACCAGAUGGAAGAGGAAGAGGAGGCGAGGCAGCUGGACAGGCGACGAAGAAAGUUGGAAAAUUCCGGAAAGUAUUCAGCCACGUUGGCUUACGUGAACGUCGAGUUUAUAGCCAUCUUGAUCGCCAUGUUCAUCCUAUUCAUACUCUUUCUUGUUAUAUUGGAGAGGGAUAGGUAA